AUGCUUGUCACCAACAAACAGUUGAAUCUUGGACGCUCCCACAGUUGGGACACGUUAGGAGGGAAUGAGGGUCAGUGGGAGAGGGCUGACAGUGUGUACGAGCAGCAGGCAAGAGUAGCAGGCCGGCGGAGCUCUCUGUCAUACGGAGAGGGAGGAGGUUGGUACGAACCUCCACCAGGGGUGCGUCCCCCUGACCUGGAUUUGAAACGCGACCCAUAUUCCUACCAAGACUCUCUCUACGGACAGGUUUACGCAGAGCGACACGACCCACGGGGGCUGAGGAAGGGCUCGGUGCCGGAUCUAAACCACUACGAACGAGCGCCCAUGGCUCACCGAGGAUCCAUUCCACCUCAGGAUUACUACUCCCAUGACCCGGCCAUGACUCCUCGGCCACCUGAGGGCUUUUACCGAUCUGAACACCAGCCGCCGCCACCUCAUCCUCAUCCGCUCAGCAGGUCAGGCUCUCAUUUUGGGAUGGCACCAGGCGCUCGUGCUACAUGGGAUCAAAGUCAGGCGGGGAGGGCAGUACCUCCACCACCCUCAUCGCCUCUACCUCCCCCUCCCCCUCCUCCAACCGCCCAUGAGUUGAGUCGGGCUUACAGGGAACCUGGUGCUGUAAAUGUUGCCAAGAUGAUGCAAGAUGGCCAACAGCGAAUCCCGUCCCGAGACCCAUCUCCUUCCCACUAUGGUAUGGAGCACACAUCUCCUCGGUAUGCUAGUGAGCCUCCACCUCUGACCGGUCAGCCGGUCUAUACUGAUGUUAAUGGCCGACCGCUUGAUCCGCAGCAGCAGGCGGCUACCUGUCUAGUGGUAGAUCCAGCCACUCAAGGCAUGGUUAUGAGGCAAGAGACAGCCUCACCGUACACCAUUCAACAACAACAGCAAUUACAACAGCAACAGCAAAUACAGCAGCAACAGUUACAGCAGCAGCAACAAUUGCAACAACAGCAACAACUUCAACAACAACAGAUACAACAGCAGCAACUCCAACAGCAACAGUUACAACAGCAGCAGCUUCAGCAACAGCAAAUACAACAGCAACAACUUCAGCAACAGCAACUACAACAGCAACAGCUUCAACAACAGCAGUUACAGCAACAGCAACUUCAGCAAGAACAGUUGCAGCUGCAACAGCAACAGCCCCUGCCACCUCCACCUACGAUGCCCCUCUCCGACCCGAACGCUAUGAUGGCGGCUCCACUUCCUGCUCCACCUGCUCCGGUGCAGACAGCAGCAGUUGUCCCAGCUGCACCUGCACCUGUACCUGUACAGGCUGCCCCAACCACUGCCCCACCUCCCCCACCUACUCCACUUCCUGCUCCACUUCCUGCUCCUCCCCCAACUGCCCCACCGACGCCUUUGCCUGUUGACCCCAAGAAGACAGCCGAUCCUGAGUUCCUUUCUCUGCUGCGAAAUGAGGGCCUUUCUGAGAGCACCAUCUCCUCCCUCAUCCAGCAGGGUUUUGACUCAACUAGCAUGCUGGCUGUAAUGGAGGAGAACGAUGUCCGCACCGUUGCCCCCAACCUUGGCCAGGCUCGGGUCCUGUCUCGCUUGGUCCACAACUGCAAGCGACCCAUUGAGGCCACGCCAGCCCCCUCCCAACCCCAGACACCCAUGCGAGGCCGCUCCAAUAGCUUCAGCCACCGCUCGGACAUCUACCACCAGCAACACCACCACCAUCCGCCACACCCUCCACAGGCUUUAGCCGUGGACCCCCAACUAAUGCCCCCACCAACACCUGGGGCAAUGCAAACCAUCUCCCCACGGAUGGGAGAAGUAAUGAGUAGGAGGCCCAGCAGUGCCCCUUCUCAGCACCUCCUUGAAGCCUCUGGUGGCUACCCAGGCCAACCACCUCGUUCCCCAGGGCCGUACGCUGGAGCCAUUAUGCCUGUUCAGUCAAGACCAAUGUCGGCCUACUCUUCUGGGAUGGCGAUGCCGGGGGUGCCUAUGCAGGGUAUGCAGAUAAUGCCCCAGCAGAUGACUGGGUCAAUGCCUGCAAUACCGGGAUCUAUUCAUUCCAUGCCAGGUAUGCCACAGCAGAUGCCUGUAUCCAUGCCAGCUUUGCAGCAGCCGCCACAACAGGUACCGAAAGCAUACUCUACCAAUUACACAGUGCCCAUGGAGCUGAUGAAGAGGGACAGAAACUUACUGCCAUUGUCGCCCAUGCAUAGCCCUCACCCUAGUCCUCAGCUGAUGCGUAAGGGUGGGGGACCUGCAUCAGACAAUGCCCUCGUCCCUGUGGGAGCGCCUGUUCAAGGCCAAGGUGCCCUGGCUGUAAACCAGAAGCUAAGUCGGCGCACAGGUCCACCAGUCAUCGUGUCCACUAUGGCGUCUCCAGACACAA